AUGAUAAUAAUCAAAAAGAAAUCUGACAGGUGGUUUAGACAUGAUUUAGACGAAAACAAAUUGUUUUGUCUUUUAAAUGAAGUUAACACAGCUCGUUAGUUUUUUAAGGAUAUCUGAUUGUAGAAAUACAUUCUUUUUUUUAUAAGCAUGGACUAUGAUUAUUUAAUAAAAUUUCUUGCCCUGGGUGACUCUGGAGUUGGAAAAACUAGCUUUUUAUAUCAAUAUACAGAUGGAACAUUCAAUUCAAGAUUCAUAUCAACAGUUGGUAUUGACUUUAGAGAGAAAAGAAUGAUAUAUCAAUCCAAGGGUAGAAAUUACAGGGUCCAUUUGCAACUAUGGGAUACAGCUGGACAGGAAAGAUUCCGCAGUCUUACAACAGCAUUUUAUAGAGAUGCAAUGGGAUUUUUGCUUCUCUUCGAUUUAACUAAUGAGCAUUCAUUUCUUGAAAUUCGUAACUGGAUUGAACAGCUCAGGCUUCAUGCAUAUUGUGAUACACCUGAUAUAGUAUUAUGCGGCAACAAGGCUGACUUGGAAGAUAGAAGAGUGGUAACAGAAUGGAGAGCUAGAGAGUUUGCAGAAAUUAAUGGACUUCCAUAUUUGGAGACUUCCGCGGCUACUGGACAAAAUGUAUCUAGAGCAGUAGAAACGUUACUGGAAAAAGUCAUGCUACGCAUGGAAACAGCAGUAGAUAUGGCCAUGGUACCAGGUCAGAGUGGAAAGUUUAAAGAUACUGGAGAGUUCAUGUUAAGAUCAUCAUCUCCAGCUCAGAAAUGUACUUGUUAAAUUGAUCUUUAAAUUAUUGAUGUUAUUUCAAUAAGAUAUUGGUGUUACUAUAAGUGUGAUUAUUUUUCAUAGUUGAUAUUGUAAUGCAAGAAAAAGUAAUUUCAGAAACUAUGUACCUAAACUACCCAUUAUACAUACAUAUAGUUAUGAAAGAGCCUAUUUAUAAAGGGCCUAAGUAUAUAGUAAUAUACCAAUGUGAUUCCAAACGUGCGUACAAUACUGAUAGAAUUAUUUUGAAAUAAUUGUCCUAAUAGUUCUAGAAAAUAUAUUUAAAUAAUUAUAUCAAAAAUAAAUGUUUAACCUUAAUUAUUUUAAUAAAAUAUAAUUAUAUAGUUUGUUAUUGACAAGAUGUGUCAAAUAUGAUUAAUUAGAAGUAGAAAAUAAUAUACAAAUCCCAUUAAAUCACUUUUUGGUAAAUCUCAAAAAAUAAU